AGGACAGAGGGAAGAGUCUGCAGGCUGAUCGCAGUCUCCUACGGUGUUCGGCGUAUGUUGUAUGUUACCGAACCGCGCUCAGUGACGGAAGCUGGAGAAGACGCAGACGCAGACGCGCUGGCUCGACGCGUGCUCAUUACCUUCCGACAGCUCUGUUGGGAGAGGAGAUGGCUUAGGUCGCCAGUCCCACAUGCAUGCACACAGAGGUGGAGUGAGUGAAGCGCUCGCCUCCUCCUCCUCGCCUCUCCCCGGACCUCAGUCUGCACCAUGAGCGUGGCUCUGCAGGAUCUGCGGAAUAACAUGUCCAACUACAAGCGUGCGACUUUUGAGGAGGAAGAGGGGUCAGACAUUCCAGCUGAUGGAGCCAUUUCUCCUGACAGUGUGGAGGUGGGUUUCCGGAAAGGUGGUAUCCAGUUGUGUGGUGGAUUAGGACGGAGGACUCAGCUGGAGAUUGUGUUGGCUGCUUUACUUGUGGCCUCUCUCUUAUCACUUUUUGCAUGUGCUGUUACCCUGGGAGUUCAUUACAAAAAUGAUCCAUCAUGUAGCCUGUGUCUGACGGAGGCGUGUGUGACAGUGGCCAGUAAGAUCGUGGAAUCUCUGGAUCGCACAGUAGACCCAUGUCAGGAUUUCUACCAGUAUGCAUGCGGUGGCUGGAUUCGCAAAAACCCUCUUCCUGAUGGGCGCUCACGUUGGAGCACCUUCAACAGCAUCUGGGACCAGAACCAGGCCAUGCUCAAACAUCUACUGGAGAACGGCACCUUUAACUCUAGUAGUGAAGCAGAGAAAAAAGCUCAGUUCUACUACUUGUCCUGUCUGAAUGAGCAGCGAAUUGAGGAGUUGGGAGCCCAGCCACUCAUCGACCUCAUCACGAAGACAGGGGGUUGGAACAUUACUGAGCCUUGGGAAAAGGAUAACUUCAUGGAGGUGCUGAAGACAGUCUCAGGCCCAUACAGAGCUCAGCCUUUCUUCACUGUGGGGGUCAGCGUGGACCCUAAAAACUCCAACAGUAACGUAAUUCAGGUUGACCAAUCCGGACUCUUCCUUCCCUCCCGGGAUUAUUACCUCAAUAAGACUAAUGAAAAGGUUUUGAAGGCAUAUCUUGACUACAUGGUAGAGCUUGGGUUGUUGCUGGGAGGCGAUAAAAACUCCACUCAGAGUCAGAUGCAACAAAUUCUGGACUUUGAGACUGCACUCGCCAACAUCACUGUGCCCCAGGAUGAGCGCAGGGACGAGGAGAAAAUCUAUCACAAAAUCACCGUUGCUGAGCUGCAGACACUCGCACCAGCUGUGGAUUGGCUGGACUACCUGACCUCUGCCCUUUCACCCCUUGAGCUCAAUGAUACAGAACCGGUGGUCGUGUACGCCAAGGAAUAUCUGCAGCAGGUCUCGGACCUCAUCAACAAGACGGACCGCAAUUUGCUGAAUAACUACAUGAUUUGGAAUCUGGUACAGAAAGGAGUAUCCAGCCUGGACCAGCGCUUUGAAAACGCCCAGGAUAAACUCCUGGAGAGUCUAUAUGGCACCAAAAAGUCAUGUACUCCUCGCUGGCAGACCUGUAUUGGAAACACAGAUGACACUCUGGGUUUUGCUCUUGGUGCACUGUUUGUUAAAGCCACCUUCGACAAACACAGCAAAGAGAUUGCUGAGGGUAUGAUCAAUGAGAUCCGAUCUGCUUUUAAAGAGGCUUUGGAUAACCUCAGUUGGAUGGAUGAACAGACACGACAAGCGGCCAAGGACAAGGCUGAUGCCAUCUAUGACAUGAUCGGUUUUCCAGACUUCAUCCUGGACCCCAAAGAGUUGGAUGAAGUAUAUGAUGGGUAUGAUGUCUCGGAGGACAACUUUUUCCAGAACAUGCUCAACUUCUACAACUUCUCAGCCCGAGUGAUGGCAGACCAGCUGCGCAAACCUCCAAACAAAGACCAAUGGAGCAUGACUCCUCCUACAGUGAAUGCGUACUACAUGCCCACCAAGAAUGGCAUUGUGUUUCCGGCUGGAAUCCUACAAGCUCCGUUCUAUGCUCGGGACCACCCCAAAGCACUAAACUUUGGGGGCAUUGGAGUGGUCAUGGGACAUGAGCUUACUCACGCUUUUGAUGACCAGGGCAGAGAGUAUGAUAAGGAUGGGAAUCUUAGGCCAUGGUGGCAGAACUCUUCAGUGGAUGCGUUUAAGAACCGCACAGAGUGCAUGGUGGAUCAGUACUCUCAGUACACCAUCAAUGGAGAACACAUCAAUGGCAAACAAACCUUGGGAGAGAACAUUGCAGACAAUGGAGGCUUAAAGGCUGCCUAUCAUGCUUACAGGUCAUGGGUAAAGAGGAAUGGGAAAGAGAAAAGACUCCCUGCAGUCAAUCUGACCAAUGACCAGCUCUUCUUUGUUGGGUUUGCACAGGUUUGGUGUUCUGUUCGGACACCAGAAAGUGCCCACGAGGGCUUAAUGACAGAUCCUCACAGUCCACCCAAAUACCGUGUCAUUGGCACACUGUCUAACUCUCCUGAAUUUGCGCAGCAUUUCCAGUGUCCACUGGGCUCGCCUAUGAACUCAGGCCACCGCUGUGAGGUGUGGUAAGAGCAGAAACAGCAGGUCCACUGGUAUGCUUUGCUUCGACCAGUCAGGCGGAUAGACUAUAACUUUUCUCAAGCACUGGACUACUACUUAUUCUUUUCAUACUCUACAAGAAAAAUGUUAUGUUGCUGGAUAUGAAGCUGGUUUUUUUGAUGGGUAGUGCCAGAGCCAGGAAGAUGCGCGGAGUCAGCCAUUGUUUUUGUCCAGCAACUGAUGUCUCACUCCCCUUCUGCACGGCCACAAAAGCCUACAGUACAUGGGGCUUUCCUAUUUAUUAUUUGCUGCACUUGAACUUACAGUAUGUGGGGCAUAAUGACAAGGGUGAAGAAGCUUUUUUUUAUGCUUGUGUGGGUUUUUAUUUUUUCAGUUCUUCAGUUGGACAUGCCUCAUUCUCCCCAAACCCUGUGAUGUCAGAGGGAGCACCUCAUCUUGCUUUGACCUCACAAGGAACCUUUGAUUCUGUCUGUGACCUCACGAGAAGUGCCAUACUGUCUCCGUUAUUUCACAGGAAGUAUUAGGAAAGAGAACUGCUGAGCUUCAUCUGCCUAUGAGGCCACAGGAAGGAAGUGACAUCAUGCUUUUCUGUAUUAUGAUUUUGUUAAGUGGCUUACAGCUGGUAGAUACUUUGUGAUGAAGCACUGCCACUAAUCUGUCUUACAACCUGUGUAUUAUUUCCAUUCACUUAUUUACCUGUUGACAAAGUUGAAGUGACCUGGUUGUUUAAAAGUGCUCUUUGCCAAAGAAUGUUUGGGAUUUUUUUUUUUUUUAUAGUUUUUUGUUCUUUGAGUGAGUAGAAAAAAAAAUGCUUUUCUUUACAUUGAUCAUGAGAGGUAUGCGAGAGGUGUUCGCUAGUGUUUAUUUUAAUGUCUGUGAGUUUCUUGUUUGUGUUGAACAUUCAAUGAUGUCUAGCCUGAUAAAUAAAUUUCAAAGCAUUCAGAACCACUAAAGAAAAGGUGACGUGAGGCUGCAUGAGUGAAGAUAAGAGUAACCGUUAGAUCAACCCUUGAAUUGCUGCUGACUGCUAUUCCCCCUGUGAUGUACAGUUUACAUUCUUUAGUCUUAUAACAAAGUACAGUGCUCCACCAUAAAUAUCAACGAAGUUAACAAGCGAGUGAGACGAAUGCCCGUUCUCGUGAAUUAUCACUGAUUUCUCAUUCAAACUGCUCUCUGUACAAUUGCUUAUUAGCAGGUUUAGGAUUUUGGCUGGUUUUGGUUAAAUGAGCAGUCAGUAAUUUAGUGUUUGUUAACCUGAAUGUUGAGUUUAUGAACUGAUGAGCAACAAGCAAGGAAAGUAGACACCUUAUGCUGACAGGUUGGAUGUUUUCCAUUUUCAGAAAAUUAGGGCAGGCAGAGACUGGAGCAGAUGACAGUGUUGCAAUUUAACCACCAAUUACACCUGUAAUGGCAUUAUGUUUGACUGACCAGACUCAUGGUGACUGACUCAUGGUUUUUAAACAGGAAUUUCACUAGCCAUCGCUCUACCACCUCUUCAGCCCAAAGAAAACUGACCGUUUAUUUUAAAGCUGCUGAUGUAUGACUUCACUCAUUCACCACCCCUUUAAAUGAAACUCUCUAGCUCUGUUGUGACUGGUACAGUGUUAGCUGUGCUGUUUUGUCUGUUGCUGUUUCAUUCUCUGUCGUUUGCUUAAACAUAAGGUUAGGAUUGUAAAAAUCUGUUCUGUUGUUCUGUCUAAUUGGGAGAGGUGUCACGUCACUCCACCUGCCUUAUAAUGCACUUCGGCUGCAGUGUCCGUGUCUCAGUGUCAAUAGAUCCAGAGUUUGUGUGCUUCUUCAGGUCUGCAAUCUCAGGCUACUGAUUUGUCAUUGUUGCACCUCCAAUGUUCUGUGUGCUUAAAGAAACCCCGUUCACAGAGCAUUUCUCUGCCUGCUUCUGUAGGUGUGCUUUUGCAUCCCACAUGCUGUCUGAUCUCUCUGUUGAUCUGGGAUUUGAGCUUUGGUAAGAUUUGUGUUUGCCCUUAAACAUCUGAAGAGUAAAAUAUAGAAAUGUAUACAUGAUCUAAUCUAAAUGGAACUUUGAAGUUCUUGAAAGUCUUUAACUAGACAGAAGAGUUCUCUAUUGACAUCUGUGUGUCCUUUUACCAGCCAUUAUUGAUCAUCUUGGUGAAAAACAGCUAAUUACAGGCUUAAUUUAAAGUUUACACGGGGUUUAGUUCACUGAAAUUCCUGGUAAAUGAAAGGCAGUACCAAGCUUGUGUCAUGGAGAAAAGUGUCCAUAACCGAUUGGAUUUAAUUCUCAUUUCUCUGAUUUCAUAGUCAUCCACACACAUAUAGUUGUUGGUCUAUAAUUUUUUUUUUUUAAAUAUGUAUUUUGAUGUUCUAGCAUUAUUUAAGUCACCAAUGAAAAAUUUUUGUAAGUUUGUUAAUACAAAAGUAAAAUGUAAGGGGUUACACUGAUUGCGUUUUAGUUUAUUUGACAAGUGCAUUCUGUCUGAGGACACGCUGCCCAGCCUAUAGUGCAACAUUCCACAUCAAGACGUAUCAAAGAAACUGAAAUAAAGAUUAUAUAUUAUAAAAA